UCCUCCCCCAUCCCCCUGACAUGGAACCAGCCACCAAAAUUACUAACCACCUACUGCUUCAAUCUGUACAGGCUCUGCAGCUGGCUCAGGACACUGUGGCCUCCUUGCUUAAGGCUGCUUUCCAAAGUCACCAGCUCAUCCACACCCCUUCUAGCCAGAGACCCUGCUGGAAGCAACUGUACCUCCUCAUCCUGAUCACCUCCGCUGCUGUCAAGGCAUCCAUACCUGGAAACAUCACCCUCAGGUCCAGUGUGCCACUGGGAACGACGACCUAACUAAAGAAAGUGGACUGUCAUCAAGACCUGUGAAGAUCCACUAAAGAUAAGAGUGACAUGGGCUUUAAUUUAAUGAUGCUGUUUUGCUUGGUUAUAUUCCCUUCUGUUCUCUCCUGGAACCCAAAUUGGAAACACCCACCUCCCAGGGCUCCUGUACCAACCAAACCAACCCCUAGGGCAUGGAAAUUCCAUGUAAUUGCCUUGGAAAAUCUCAACAAGACCAUAGCCUCUACCUUCUGUCCCAUCACAGGAUGUGCGAAUACUAUAAGCCUCACUUUUGAUAUAAGGGACACCUGCCAAGGGAAAUGUAUAAAUGACUUUUAUAAUGCUAUGUCCUCUCCUAUAUAUGUCUGUUUUGUAUAUGAACAAACUCGCUCAGACUGUCGGGACCCAAACUAUGGAGGAUGUCCGCACUGGGGCUGCAAAUAUCAUAGCACUUGGCCCAGAUGGGGAGGAGAAAAUCCAUCCAGACUCAACUCGGUUGAUUGGCAUACUAAGGUCACCUACUCAAUCCCUGACCCCUGGAAUGAUAGAUGGAGAACAGGGGUCGUGGGUUAUGUCUAUAGACAUAAUGAGAGGGACACAGCCUUUGACGGGAAGACUAAGAUACUCAUCUUUAGAGCUUUAGCCAAGUUCACUCCUUAAAAUUCCUUUAUUUGAAUGCUAUAACCAAACCAGCUACUAUACUUGCUCUGGCCCUGCUGAUGGGGCUCACCAGCUGACAUCACUUUCUACCACCACCCCCUCCUCCCACUAACCAUACUCCUCUGGCCUCCUUUGAAUCCCUAAUGACCAUGUUAAUACCAUAUACUUGCUCAUGAAUGUUACUAACCCAAAUGCUAUAUCGUAUUGUUGCUUCUAUAUCCUUCAACAACCCCCCCUCACUAUGUAGGACUUGCUAUAUAUCAGAACCUCAUUUUUGGUCACUCCCUUUGCCAACUGUCCAUGGGGGUCUUGCCACUUGACCAUCAAUUUUUUUUAAGUAUGUGUGUGUGUCUGUGUGCGCGCACACUAUCUGCAUGUACAACUUUAUGCCAGAAGAAGGCUUAAGAUCCCACUAUAGAUGGUUGUGUGAGCCACCAUGUGGUUGCUGGGAAUUGAACUCAAGACCUCUGGAAGAACAGCCAUUGCUCUUAACCACUGAGCCAUCUCUCCAGCCCAGAUCAUCAAAUAUCUUAACCCAGACCAAAUUCAAAGUAAGGGGACCCGUUUUUACUCAAAGAGCUGUAAUAUGUCCAAAUCCCCCUUUAUGAAUAAACAGAGAUUAACCGUAAAUAUUUCUCAGCUUUUGGCAACCACACUGUCAGGUGCUCAUUCCUUCCUUCACCACCUGGCUGAAACUGUUUGGCCUGCCUGCACUCAUGGAGUACAUCCAUGCAUGCUUGCUUAUCUGGUAAAUGCGUCAAACCCCAAAAUUCUGUAUCUUGGUAUCUCUGUUCCUCUGAAUGUAUAUUUAGGAUGGUCCAGCAGGAAGACAGCACUUAUAUUUUCAGACUCUUCCAGUCCCCCAGGGCAGGAAACAAACACACAAAAACUAACAAUGUGCACCCCACCUCCUCAUACCUCUCCAUAAGGUUAGGUUCAGCUAUGGCAGAUGCUGCCCCUGGUGCGACAGGAACAGCAAUGACUGACAUUAAUUUAAAAACAUGGGAUGUCAAAUAACCCAAGAUCUAUCCAUAUUAGAAAAAAAAUCUACUGCCAAGCUAGAAAAACAGGUGGGGUCAUUAGCUGAGGUGGUUCUAUAGCAUGGGACUUGCUCUAUGCAGAGCAAGAAGGUUACUGUGCGGCUAUAGAGGAGAAUUGUUGCUAUGCAAACCAUUUGGGAAUCAUUAGAGAUAAUUUGGCUGUGUUCCAGAAACACCUCACAGAAAGGGGAAGGACCUAAAUGGGGGAGACAAAUGGUUCCCAUUCUAAUUUUUCUGGUUUCUCCUGGCCAGCAACUCUGCUGUCAAUGGUCACUGGGCGGGCCCUCAGGCCUCCUGCUCCUGCCGAUCACAGCUGACCCCUACAACAUCAAUGCCUUCACCAGAUACAUAAGUUCACACUUGGGUACUACUAUACUAAUGGCUAUUAGAUCCCAGUAUGAACAGGCACCCACCACAGAGUCAAGGAUUUGACCCAGGACAUACCUCAAAGGGAGAAUGUGAUGAUUAACAUUGUGUUUAAAAUUCAGAAAUUGCUGUGUAAUUGCUCUAACUUGUAAGCUUCUGGUAAAUUGUAGCCUAGUCUUGUGAAAGUGUUUAACAGUCUCUAGUGUUCUUACAAGAUAAUGGGUCACAAGGCUAACUGCCGGUUCUGCUUCUGUCUGGAAAUGCUUGCUUGCUUAAGCUAACUGAGGCAUCUGCAAGACAUCUGGUACAAAAGUUAAGCUCUGCCUGCACGUAGGCAGGAUGAGUGCUAACUAGACCCCAGAACUGUAACCUUGUGGUUUUUGCCUUUAUAAACCCCAGACUAACAAUAGCUGGGAACACACUUUGAGAAUCCCGAGUCUCGGGUGUGGUCCUGGCCAGAAACUAAUAAAGCCUCUCUUAAAAUUC